UCGCUCACAACAUGGCGAUGAAGCGCGCAGAGACACGACGGCUUUUCCCGGACUGAAAAGCGGGGACCCUGUUUGUUUGUAUGCUGCUUACUGGAGACCUCCUGCGUUUACCGGGACACUGCGCGAGCGAGCACUUUUACGAGGACGUUAAUACGGAUUCGUGUCGAUUUGAACGCAUGUAGCUUUGUUUUUUUUUUCUCCUGUCGGGUGGGAAAAAUCUAAAGGAGGAUGUCCAUGGCGCUGAAUACCUGGGUCCUCUGUCUGCUUUCGAUAUUGUGCUGUGGAUUGGCUGUGCAAGAAAACCCCAUGUCUGUGGAGCUGAGCUGUGGUGCUGGUCCCAUCCACGUGGUUCUGGAACUUUCUCAUCCUCUGCUGCUUGACUGCCACUUGGGGAGCUCAGAGACUCCACUGAACAUCACCUGGCUCCAGGACGGUGUGGUGCUGAGCGAGAGCGAGGUCAUCCGACUGCUUCCCAACGGCUCCUUGCUGCUUCUGCCUUCGGUCCAUGACGAGAAAGCGACAGCGGGGAUGGAGGGAGCCUACAGCUGUCUGAGCGGGAGCUCCUCCGGGACGCUCACCAGCCGCAGCGUCACUCUGCAGAUCGCCAGACUGUCUCCUUUCCUCCGGCACCCCGAGCCUCAGGUUGUACCGGUUGGAGGAACCGCACGCUUCGAAUGCCAGAUAGACGGUGUACCUGCUCCCAGCAUCACCUGGGAGAAGAACCACACGCCACUUCCUGUACCCACUGCGUCAGUCAGUACACCGAGGUUUGUAACACUUCCAAACGGCAUCCUGCAGGUUUUGGACGUCACGGUAGAUGACAGAGGUCUGUACCGCUGCGUGGCAUCUAACUCUGCUGACAUGCUCUACAGCCAAGAUGCUUCACUAACUGUUACAUCAGGUCCUUCAGAGGACAGUGAAGUGAUGAUUGUAGCUCCACCACGUGACUUGACGGUGGUUUUGGGACGACCUGCGGUGCUGGAGUGUAUGGCUUAUGGACAGCCAAAACCUUUUGUGUCCUGGAGUAGACAAGAUACGAAGCCCAUUGCUGCAGAUGUGCUUGUGCUCGCCACCAACCUCGUAAUACCUCACACCCUCAGCCACCACGCUGGAGUGUACGUGUGUCGCGCCAACAAGCCCAAAACGCGAGAGUUCGUCUCGUCCUCUGCUGAGAUCCACGUGCUGGCCCCUCCGGUGAUCGUGAAACCUCCUGAGUCGGUGUCGCUGUCUCGGGGGAACACGGCAAGGUUUGUGUGUAACAGUUCUGGUUCUCCAGCUGCGUCUCUGCUGUGGCUGAAGGACGGUGACCGUCUGCAGUGGACGGCGCGGGUGAAGACUCAGAGCCCCGGGGUUCUCCUUAUCAACCAGCUGCGGCCAGACGACGCCGGAUAUUACCAGUGCCUCGCCUCCAACGUCCUGGGUACUGCCUGUGCCACCGCCAAACUGUCUGUCAUUGUGAGGGCGGGGCUUCCCAGUCCUCCGCUUCACCUCCAGGCCACGCCUCAAUCCAGCACCUCUGUUCUACUCACAUGGGAUCCUCCAGAGCACAACCGUGAGCAGGUGAUCGGCUUCUCCAUCCACUACCAGCGGGCCACAGCAGGGUUUGAUAACAUGGAGUAUCAGUUUGCGGUGAACAACGACACGACGGAGUUCCACGUGAAGGAGCUACAGCCUCACACGGCCUACACCUUUUACAUGGUGGCUUAUUCGCCCGAGGGAGCCAGCCGUCCAUCUCAGUCCAUCACCGUGGAGACGGUGGAGGACGCAGAAGAGGUGUUUUCAGUGGAGUUGGAUGGUAAUGAGACUCAUGUGACUCUGAGAGAUCAGAAGCCCAAUCACACAAACCAGAUACAGACGGCUGCAGGAACACGUGCGGGUUUUGGUGAACCUUUAGAGUGGACCUUUCCCCAAAUGCCCAACCUUACUCAGGUGCUCUUUCCUCCAGCUGAGCUCAAAGUGACGGCUAAGAUGCAUUCCCUCCACGUCACGUGGCAGCCGCCACCCAAUCACACGCAGAUCACUGGCUACAAGCUGGCUUAUCGGGAAGUGGAUGGCAAGGAGGCGACCAAUCGAGAGAGUCCUCAGGCUGAUGCUUCUCACAUCAGGUUACGCAAGCGAGUAAAGCAUUAUGAAAUCACGGGCCUCGCUCCUGAUCGCCUGUAUGAAGUGAAAGUGUGGGCAUGUAAUAAGCAGGCUGCAGGCUAUCCUGCGAUAUGGAAGGGUCGGACCGAGAAAUUCACUGACCGAGUUCGACCCCUGGAACACCCACCCCCACUGCCCCCCAGCAUUGUUAAAGCUCAGGCUAACAGCUCCACCUCCAUCUGGCUGCAGUGGGAGAAACCGGCGUUCAGUAACGUACGCAUCAUUAACUACACGAUACGCUGCAGUCCUGCUGGCAACCGCAACGCCUCACUCGUCUCCUACUACACCAGCACGUCUCAGGAGAUCCUGUUGGGUGCGCUGAAACCCUUCACCCGCUACGAGCUGGCCAUCCAGUCCAACGGCAUCAGCGCCGGCGGGCCCUUCAGCAGCACUGUGGAGGAGUCCACACUCGCUGACCGACCCUCAUCUCCACCUACAGACCUACAGCUGAGUGCCAUCGACUCCUUCUCGGUGUUGGUGAGCUGGCGCCCCCCUCUGGAGCCUAAUGGCAUUAUUGUUAGCUACAGACUUCUCUACAACGGCAACCUGAGUCAACCGGACGACCUGUGGACCAACCUGAGCCAUGACGGAUCUUUCACCAGCACAGAGGUUCUGGGUCUUAUGAGCGGGACACGGUACUACUUUAAGAUAGGGGCAUGUACGGAGGUUGGCGUGGGGCCGUUCUCUCCGGUGAAGGAUGUACACACUCCUCCGCAGAAAUACGAGUUGGACAUUCAUGCUGUCACUGGGAUCAUCGUCGGCGUCUGCCUUGGGCUUCUCUGCGUCCUCGUCUGCAUGUGUGUUAGCUUCCGCAACGGAAAAAGCCGUGACGCCCCAGGAGGGUUGGAGCCCAGUCUGUUGCACCCGCAGUACCGCAGGAGCGCCCAUCCUGCACCAGCUGUCAUACCGAACUGCACAGAUUGCCAUGAACUGGAGACUCUAAUGCCACCCGGAGUCCAGGAUCCUGUCCUGCCCCUGACUGAACCUACUGAGCAGCAAAGUCUCAUGGGUAGUGUGGGGGGAGCUUAUGACGCACUGACAGAUCUGAAGCCAAGCUGGAACGGUUCGGUGAGCCGGGAGUGGGCCAGUCGGAUCAGCGCCUACAGAGAGACGGUAACCGAAAAGUCGCCGUGUCUUGUUAGCGAAGCUCAGGAUGCAAAGGAGAGAAAGAACAAUCUUGAGGAUCAUCCGCAGUCUCUCGGCUCAAACCAGUUAGAGGCCGAGGUGAUCGUACACUCAGAGCGGUCCGAUACAGCGGAGGAGGCUCAGGAGAUUCGGAGUGACGCCGAUCACUCUCUGGGGUCUCCCGUUUCGCACGUUUCUUACAGAGAGGACGCUUCACCUCUGUCAUUAUCCUCAAUCAAUACUGACACUGAAAACCAUCCCUCAUCUCCGUGCAACCUUAACCACUUACUGGCUAAUCACAACGGUCCGCUGGAAAACGGGCUGGCCCAGCUGACUCUGGGAGGUGUUACAGAAGACGGGGUAUCUCCCAAGCACCUCCAAACCACCCUAGAGAACGGAGAUCACAGACUCCACCCUUCAAAGCAGCCUCUGUCUCAGAUAGGACUGUCGACUUCCUCUCCAGCCUUCGCUAGGUCCGGCAUGGUCCGCUCUACCUCAGGUGCGCACAGCUACCUGUGCUCCUAAGCAUUAAACCAAGAGGAGGAAAUGAACCAUGAUGCCAAUAUUCCACUAUCGCAACGUAUCGUUUUAUAAAGUGUGUACAUACAGAAUAUUUUUUUAGCUCUAGAUACCAUGGGUAUGAUUUUUUUUUUUUUUCUUUUCCUGUUUUUUUUUUUUUUUAAUUGUGUGCAUGUAUUGUAUAUUCAUUUAGUAUAUAUGGAUACAUGCACGUGAUAUAAAUAGUAUAUAUAAAUAUUGUAUAUUUGGACUUUUCUUACUCUGGAGAUGGAAUCAGAUGUGAGUGUGAAGAUCAGAGCAGAACACAGGCGUAGUCCACAGUAACAAGGAGACACUUUAUUUAAAUCUCUUUGUUUACUUGUUUGGGUUUUUUUUUUGGCGUUUUUGCGCAAAAUAAUUUUCCCUAGUUUUUCAAAAACACUGACGUGUAACUGUCACGUCAUCGCCACAGUUCCAAGACGACAGAACUUCUACUGAUGCCUUUUUUUUUCUGUAUAAUUUAAUUGGUGAAACUGUGAUGGGCAAGAAAGUGUUUUAAUGUUCAUAUUGUCAAAAAACCCCCAGAAAAACACAGUGGUGGACGUUGCAUAUAUUUUGUGGGUGAGACGCCCGGCUCGACGUUUUCUGUCGUUUUCGUGUUCUGUUGCCAAAACGGAAAAUCUGAAUUUUUUUAUUAUUAAAUUUCCAGUUGUGUUAGUGUGGACUAGGCCGUAGUCAGAUGACCUGAAUAGACCAAUCAGAGAUUAGGAUCUAUAAAGCAGCCGUAGAUUUACAUCAAGGAGUUCCACAACUCUUCCACGUAUUACAGAUCACUCAGGGUUAACACACACACACACGCACGCACAUGCACACAAACACUCACACACACAUGCACACACACACACGCACACACAGUCCUGGAAGCUACACCUUUAUCGGCUUUCUUUUCAGCUUGAUGAUACCUUAUCUAUCAGUUUUAUUCAUUGCUCGCUCUCUUUCUCUCGCUCUCUCACACACACUCACACGAACACACGCACACAAACACACACACACACACACGCACACACACACACACACAGAGUCCUGGAAGCUACACCUUUUUCGGCUUUCUUUUCAGCUUGAUGAUACCUUAUCUAUCAGUUUUAUUCAUUGCUCUCUCUCUCUUUCUCUCUCACACACACACUCACACACACACACACACACACACACACACACACACACACACACAGAGUCCUGGAAGCUACACCUUUAUCGGCUUUCUUUUCAGCUUGAUGGUACCUUAUCUAUCAGUUUUAUUCAUUGCUCUCUCUCUCUUUCUGUCUCACACACACAGACACACAAACACACACACACACACACACACACACACACACACACACACACACACACACACACACACAGAGUCCUGGAAGCUACACCUUUAUCGGCUUUCUUUUAAGCUUGAUGAUACCUUAUCUAACAGUUUUAUCUAUUGCUCUCUCUAUCUCUCUCUCUCUCUCUCUCUCUCUCUCUCACACACACACACACACACACACACACUCACACACACAAACACACACAUAAUACCGCAGUUUCUGUUUGCACCUCGCAUGAAAACAGGAAAAUGCAUUAGAACCUGGUUGGAGUUAGCAAUAUACAUGGUACUUGUUGUUAGCUAGCAUAAAUGACAAAACCUCAAAAAUUCUUCAUCUACUACUAGUUAUAAGUUCAAUAUAUAAUAGUUAGCUUAAUCUUAGCUAGCUUUCUGGCAAUGGUCCUAUUUCUUUUAGACAUAAAAUAUAAUAUUAGCUAGCUUUGUAUUUAAUUUAACAAUGUAAUAGUUAGCUUAAUCUUAGUUAGCUUAAUCUUAGCUAGCUUGCCAGUGAAGUUUUAAAUGGCACAACAAUGUAGUUUAAUUAAUGUUGGCUUUCUUGUUAGGUAUUUUAGUUGAUAAUAAUAGUUACUGUAAUAUUAGCUUGCAAAUGUUGCUGCUGGUUUUUAGUUCCAGUCUUUUGGGUCAGCUAGCGUUAGUUAGCUUGCUAGCGAACGUGCCCGUUGGCGACCUUUAAUUUCACAGUAUAGUAGUUAGCAUAUUGUUAGCUAGCUUACUAGCGAAUUUGUACUGUUCACAGAAAAGUAGUUUACUUUAUGAUUAAUAUCUAGCUUGCUGUGUAAGCUAAGUAGGAGGUUUUUAUUGUGUAAAUAACACUGGUCUUUAAGUUAAGUCCUAAAAAAUGUUCUUGUGAUCCAUUUUUUCUGUGUUUAUGAAAACAGUUAGCGGCUAAUCCUAAUUUCAGACGGGUGCAAACAGAUGCUUUCUACACAACAUUCCUCUGCAGGAGUUUUAUGUAAAUAAUGACGAGGAACGGCUGAGAAAAGUUGAAGGAUAUGUCUAAUGUUCAUGUAGUCAAGAGUAAUUUGAGUUUAACGGGAGACCAAAAGCAUGUUUGAGGUGCUUCACACAGCUCCUUCUCCCAGCCACUACCUCAUUUGUUUAAAAUGGAUCCUAUAUAUAUAUAUUUUUUUUGUGAUUUAAUUUUCAGGAAUAAUUUAUAAUUCUGAGGUAAAUUUUGUGUCUGUGGGUUUAUAAAGAUUGUGAAUCAUAACGUUUAGCACUUGUAGAAGUCUCUCUCUAGCUCUUUUGUCUUCUGUCCAUCCAAUCAUGGCUUGCGGUGAUGGUUAGCGUUCCAUCUGACGCAUUAAUUAAGACAACCUUCACUAUAACAAACAGCGCAUCCGUAAGAGAUUAGCGGAGGACUUUCUGGUUGGCGGGAAACGCGUCCAUGCCUCACCUCACCGCACGCAUCUUAUGCAUUUCUCAGGGAGCUCUGACACACACAUACACAGUGCAGGGAAUCCAAGCAGAUAAAAGAAGAAAGCAAACAUGUCUGUUAAACACUGUUCCUGUGUUCAUUCAGCCAUAAUUAGCUUUUUUGUCUUGUUCUUUAUCUUGUUCUUCCUCAACAGUGAUGCAUGCUCUCUCUCUCUCUCUCUCUCUCUCUCUCUCUCUUUUUCUCUCUCUCUCUCUGUACUGCUGCUAAGAGCAGAAACGUUUUUUUCCCUUUAUAUGCAUUCGAAACGAUUAUUUAAGCGUCUUGUAUUUUAUUUUUUUCUCCUUUUGAUAAAAGACAAAAGACUUCUAUUUCUGACAUGUUAAUUAUUUUAUUAGAAAUUUUUUACCGAAAUGAUGAUUCUCGUGUCAUACAUCAGUCUGAAGGAUUUGUCUCUCUGUGUACAUCGAUGACCAGUUCUGCAUUUUUUUUUUCCUUUUUUAACACUACGUAUUAUACUUAGAUUAAUAUUAGAAAUCUUACAACUAAAAUGAAGUCAUUUUGUAUAUAUCUCUCUCUAAAUAUAUCUAUAUAUCUAUAUAUCAGCUAAAAGCUCAAUAUUACAUCAGGGUGCCAUUUGAUUAUCCACCAACCUGAGGGUCUAGAGCCAGGUUUUCAAUAUUCUAGCCCUUAUUAGGUAUAGCUGAGUGCAAAAGUUUGUGCACACAUAGUUUUGGGGUGACAACAAACAUACAAACAUACAAACAAACAAACAAAAAAAAAACUACUGAAGUUUUGUGUUCUUUAAAUGUUGUUUUCCACUGAAAUUUCUUGUAAAUGCUCAAGACUUUACAUCCAUAUUCAUUUAUUUAUAUAUUUACUUUAGAAGUAAAGCAGUUUCCACUCACUAAAUUCCAGCUUAUUAUUUGUAGUUAUCCGCUAUUAUUUAUUACGACGGCGGAAGUUCAAAGCUGCGUCCCAAAGACCUGCUGCACGCUACGCACUUACACUAUGCACUAAACUAAUGAAUGUUAGACGGGUCGUCUCAAUUUUUUAGUAACGUCAAAGUUGGACGUCGAAGAUUGGAUUAUGGGGGUCACGGUGUCUUAGUGGUUAUCACAUUCGCCUCACACCUCCAGAGUUGGGGGUCCGAUUCCCGCCUCCGCCUUGUGUGUGUGGAGUUUGCAUGUUCUCCCCGUGCCUCGGGGGUUUCCUCCGGGUACUCCGGUUUCCUCCCCCGGUCCAAAGACAUGCAUGGUAGUUUGAUUGGCAUCUCUGGAAAAUUGUCCGUAGUGUGUGAUUGUGUGAGUGAAUGAGAGUGUGUGUGUGCCCUGCGAUGGGUUGGCACUCCGUCCAGGGUGUAUCCUGCCUCGAUGCCCGAUGAUGCCUGAGAUAGGCACAGGCUCCCCGUGACCCGAGGUAGUUCGGAUAAGCGGUAGAAAAUGAGUGAGUGAGAGUUUGGAUUAUAAUGUCGUUUAGAAUAUGGUUAAUCAUGAAAAUCAUGGGGUUAAUUAGAGACAUAUUAAGACCGCCAGAGUGUCAUCAGGUAUCUUGAAAAUGUUUUCUUAUUUAUAGUCAGAACCUGGUAGCUCCUUUUCCUCUCCCCUUCAUGCAAAGCUUGAAGUGUUUUUUUUAUACGGUAGAAACAAAGAAAGUACUUUAGGUUCUUGGGCUGCACGUCUUCUCUUCUUCUUGUUCAGUGUGAACACACAACUCACACACAUUAUGCUUUACAACGGAGUCAAAUAGAGUAUAAGAACGCGAUUUAGGACGCAGCUAAAAUCUUAUUUAUUCCACACUUCACACUUGGUACUUUUUAAUUCUGGUCAGAAGAUGUUCAGUUAUUUCAAGAACAGCAGCUCAAGUUGUGCAGCUUCAAAUAACAGGUUUCUAAUAAUUUGCUUGUUCUAAUGUUACCAUUUCCAUAGCAACAGCUCGUUCGCUGAGAUUUGUACGGCGGACGCUCCACGUAAUCUCGGACUACGAAAUAACAUUUAAAAAGUGUUGAUAUUCAACAAAGAAGUGCAUGUAAUCCUUAAUAUGUUUGUUUUAUUGAACAUUAAUGGAAGGAGUCUCCAGUGUUAGCACUUGGUAACAGUUUGUUUUCAUGAUGUUAGAUAUAAUUAAU